CCGACAGCAGCGAACUGACCUGACCGACUGUCACAAUAUCAUAACGGCUUUUUCGUUCUAUCAACUGUUCGGGAAUACAGGAUUUUCAUUCGAGUAAACAGCUAUUAGAUAAUGAACGUAUUUGUUCGGUAGCACUUUAUUACUUUGAUUGUUUGCAAAGACAUUGAACAGUUUGAAAGAGAGAGAGAGAGAGAGAGAGAGAGAGAGCGCGCAAAUUCCGUGGGAUAGAUUUAUUCAUCCAAAACUGUGUAAUGUGUCAAUAGAGAACAACAUUCUGUGUUUCGAUGUGAUUCCGUGAGGGACUGCCUGACCUGAACCGGAGCGUUGUUCUGCCAUGCUGCAGCAGAGGCCCCCCAUGUGCCAACCUGCACCAGAGAUGUUGCUGAUUCUGGGGGGAGAGUGAGGAGUACCUCCCCUGCACUCUCCACUUCCACCCUACUCCACACUGAGACAUGGUUUAGCCCAACCUGUCCAGCAGUCAAGAUGAUGGCCUCUGUGGUUGCCAACGGAAACAGGAAGAAGUCACUGUCCCUGAAAGGGGUGGACCCAGAAACAUGCAUGAUCGUCUUCAGAAACCACUGGGCACAGGUGGUGAAGAUCUUGGAGAAACAUGAUCCUGUCCAUAGCCGGUCCGGUGUCUACCUUCGUCUCGGUCCUGUCCCCGGUGACGAGGCCAGCGCGGUACAGAACUACGUAGAACACAUGCUGUUCCUGUUGAUGGAGGAGGAGCCGGGCCUGGGCGGAGCGAUGGGAGCCAUCCUAGAGUUUGUGGUUGUAGAAGGCGUGAUGGAGAGACUGUUCCUCUGGAGUCUGAGACGACACUUCACUGACGAUAUGAAACUGGAACAACUGAGGAUGUACCAGAUGUUACUGUCUCAGGCCAGACAGCCUCUCCUGCACCACAAACCUGUUCUACGACCCUUAAUGAUGCUGUUAUCUUCCUGUGCUGGAGCUGGGAGUGGAGGAGGAGGAGGAGGAGGGUCAGUGGAAGCAGAGUUGGUUCUCCUGCUCAACCAGCUGUGUGGUGCGCUGGCUAAGGACCCCUCAGUGUUAGAGUUAUUCUUCCACACCAGUGAGGACCAGGGGGCAGCCAACUUCCUGCUCUUCUCCCUGCUGAUCCCCUUCACGCAUCAGGAAGGCAGCGUAGGACAGCAGGCCCGGGACGCUCUGCUGCUCAUCAUGCAGCUGUCCACCUACAACCCCAGAGUCGCUACACACAUCACAGACAACACGUACUUCUGUCCUGUACUGGCUACAGGUCUGAGUGGUUUGUAUUCGUCUCUACCUGCGAAGCUACAGGUGUACAGUGAAGACUGGCACUGUCUGGAGAGAGCUGACUGGGUACAGGUUCCGGCUUUGGUCCAGUUUCUAAACUCUCUGCAGUUCUGCUGCUCUGUCAUUAAGGUUGGACAUCCCUCGAUCAGAGGUCAGUUGUUGGGAUAUAUCUACAAUGGCUUCCUGGUUCCUGUACUGGCUCCAGCUCUGCACAAGUGUACACUAGAAGAGGUGAUGACCACUACGGCGUAUCUGGACCUCUUCCUCCGCUCGGUGUCAGAGCCUGCCCUCCUCCAGACCUUCCUCUCCUUCAUACUGCUACACACACACGACAACGUCCAGCUCCUAGACACACUGGUGUCCAGAGUUAAUACACCCUUCCAGUUAGGUACAGUGUCUCUGGCUUUGUUCCGAACUCUCAUUGGUCUGUUCUGUGAAGACGUCAUGCUUCAGCUCAUACUCAGGUAUCUGGUCCCGUGUACACACCUGUGUGUGAGAGAACGCCGCUCUCUCAAGGACAGAGACGCCUACUCUUCAUCAGCUGUUAAAUUCCUCUUCCUCACUCCCUCCUGGUGCCCCCUGCGCCUCGGAGCCAUACACACUCACACCCAACACAUACACUGGGCCGGGGGGAAUGACGUUCCCAUGUCAGAGGGUGACAGUGUUGGUUACUCCAGGAUCUGCAGGACAGACCUCCUGAUGAAUGUCAACUAUCUCCAGUACCUCUGGGAUGCUAGAGUUGGGAUCGCUGCAUCGCUCCAGGCCUGUCUGGUCUGGUCUGGUCCCUAUGACGGGGAGAAGCCUGCAGCUCGAGAGGAGGAAGACGGGGAAGAAGAGAGAGAGCAAGAGGAGGAAGACGGGGAAGAAGAGAGAGAGGAAGAGGAGGAGAAGAUGAAUCAAACCUUUAACUGGACUUCAUCCCCCAGCCCUCCCGUCACCUCCCCCCCUGUAACCAUGGGAAACCAACAUAGAGGGGGAGACGGAGGGAGGGGGAGUGUGGUCGAGUUGGAGUGGGAUGAUAGUUAUGAGUGGGAUGAUAGUGCCCUCCCCUCCUCCUCCCUCCCGCUCACCCCCCCAGUACAUAUUGAAACCCCUCAGCAUAUUCAGGAGAUGAGACGCUCGGCCAUUAUGUUGAUCCAAGGCUCCUACGUAGAGGAGUCGGACUUUCAGGACGAUGUGUUGGUCUAUAACCUCAUAGCACAGAAAGACGAGGUGGAAUACAAACCUGACCGCAGGACCAGGAAACCAGUUGUUAGUCAAACAACCUCGCUUGUUCACAGACAUGGAACGCAUAGACGAGAGAAGGUGGGGGUGAUCGUGGAAGAGGGGGUGAGAGAGGAAGAGGGGCUGAGAGAGGAAGAGGAGGUGAUCGUGAAAGAAGAGGGGGUGAUCGUGGAAGAGGGGGUGAUCGCGGAAGAAGGGGUGAGAGAGGAAGAGGGGGUGAGAGAGGAAGAGGGGGUGAGAGAGGAGAAGCGAUCACAACCACAACUGCUCAGUAACGGUCUGAGCUGUGAGGACCACACAGUCAAUGAGGAGGUCGACGAUGGCCGUAAACGCAAGUCGUCUGGACCGCAUUUGGACCACAACUGCAACGGGACGGUGACCACGACCGUGAAUCAGACAAAUGACCUGACAACCCCAGACCACCAGGGGAGAACCACCUCAGAGAACCACACACACCCAGUCGAGAAACAGCAGAACUGUAACAAAACCGAUGCUGAUCAUCCUGUAAGCCCGGUUACGACCACGGCGGUGGACGACAGCUUCCUGUCCCAGUAUCGGGAGCUCAUGCGCUCGCUGGGGGCGGAGCCUGAUGACGUCACCGAUGACAUCACAGAGUUCAGGAAGCGUGUGUUGGCUCUGGCCCAGGGAGGAGAGGAGGAGGAGGUGGACUUUAGCGUGUUCUCUACAGACUCUCCGGAACCGAAGGAUGCCGAUCUGGAACCGGAGAUCAGUCCAGAACUGACGAGCAACAGCCAAGACAGAAAACAUGGGAUACCCUUCACUGGCCCGUUCAUUAGUGUUCUGCUGUCACGGUUGGAGAACCUGUUGGAGAACCCUAUUCCAGUCAACCUGCUAGUUACAGGGAUCCUGUCUCAGCUCGCCAAAUACCCCCAGCCUCUCCUCCGGGCGUUCCUACUGAACACGCACACUGACCCACCGCCCAACGUACACACACUAUACCAGGUGCUGGUCUCAGUGCGUGUGCAGAUAGAGCAGUACGCAACGGACCAGACACAGUUUCCUGCUACAGUCAGAGAAGCAUGGAGAUACCUACUGGCUAGAGACCAAGCACUGAAACUCAGAGAGCUCCUCCAGGACGGCCAUAGUGAUAACAGGAAGAGUGUUCUACCCAAUGGAACACAGCAGAUAAUGCAGAACGUCCCCCCGUGUCCCAACAUUCCUCCGCAAGCCAGGAACAGAGUCUUCGCUACGGUUCUAUAUGCAGAGUUCUUAAAGGAGUUAGCUGCCAUCGCACAGGAACACUCUAUAGUACCAGACUCACCUAUAGAGGAGGAGAUUAACACACCUGACUCACCUGUAGAUGAAUAGAUUAACACACCUGACUCACCUGUAGAUGAGGAGAUUAACACACCUGACUCACCUGUAGAGGAGAUUAACACACCUGACUCACCUGUAGAGGAGAUUAACACAUCUGACUCACCUGUAGAGGAGAUUAACACACCUGACUCACCUGUAGAGGAGAUUAACACAUCUGACUCACCUGUAGAGGAGAUUAACACAUCUGACUCACCUAUAGAGGAGGAGAUUAACACACCUGACUCACCUGUAGAUGAAUAGAUUAACACACCUGACUCACCUGUAGAUGAGGAGAUUAACACACCUGACUCACCUGUAGAGGAGAUUAACACACCUGACUCCCCUGUAGAGGAGAUUAACACAUCUGACUCACCUGUAGAGGAGAUUAACACACCUGACUCACCUGUAGAGGAGAUUAACACAUCUGACUCACCUAUAGAGGAGGAGAUUAACACAUCUGACUCACCUAUAGAGGAGGAGAUUAACACAUCUGACUCACCUAUAGAGGAGAUUAACACAUCUGACUCACCUAUAGAUGAGGAGAUUAACACACCUGACUCACCUGUAGAGGAGAUUAACACACCUGACUCACCUGUAGAGGAGAUUAACACACCUGACUCACCUGUAGAGGAGAUUAACACACCUGACUCACCUAUAGAGGAGGAGAUUAA